UUCUAUCCCUGGUUUAAUCCCAGCGAUCGAUACUUCUGCUCACAUACACUGUUCUCUCCGCCAUUUUCGUAGCUGGUGUCGCAGUGGAGAUCGGCGUAGUUUUUUGUUUCGCUAAGGUCCGUUUAGAAAGCGAUUGACUUGUUAUUAUCAAAUAAGAUAGUCUUCGAUAAUACAGUUUAAUUUAGCAAGGCAAUAAACUGCAAAAGAAGAUGUCCACCGAGCAGGUCGAAAAUACUAACGUGACCGAGAAAGCAGGCCAGCAGCAGCAGCCGGGAGAAGUGAAUGGGAAAGCCAAGCAUGACUCCAAUUCAAGCAGGAAGGAGAGGCCCCAGAAAAGAGGUGGAGGCGGGCGCUACGAACCCUAUGGAAACGUGAACAAACGAUACCGCGUUUUUGUCAGCAACAUUCCAUAUGAUGUCAAAUGGCAAGCUCUCAAAGACCUGAUGAAAGAAAAAGUGGGUGAGGUAACGUACGUGGAACACUUAAUGGACGCGGAAGGCAAAUCGAGGGGUUGUGCUGUUGUUGAGUUUAGGACUGAGGAGCUAAUGAAGAAAGCAGUGGAGAAGGUCAACAAGCACAACCUCAAUGGACGACCCCUAAAAGUGAAAGAGGACCCUGAUGGUGUGAUUGCUCAGAGAGAAAUCAACAAGGCUCAAGGUGGAGGCCCUCCAGGAGGCCAUGGCGGAAUGGGAGGAAUGGGAGCAAUGGGAGGAAUGGGUGGAAUGGAUCGCAUGAACAUGGAUCGUAUGGGCCCUGGACCAAAUGGCUCCAUGGUCAACAUUCCUCCUAGCCUGAUGAACAACCCCAACAUCCCCAAUGAGAUCAUCCACGGUCUCCAGGCUGGCAGGAUUGGCAGCACAGUCUUUGUGGCUAAUCUUGACUACAAAGUGGGCUGGAAGAAGCUGAAAGAGGUAUUCAGCAUGGCGGGCAUGGUGGUAAGGGCUGACAUUCUUGAAGACAAGGAUGGGAAAAGCAGAGGCAUGGGCACAGUAACAUUUGAUAUGCCCAUUGAAGCAGUCCAAGCUGUCUCUAUGUUUAAUGGGCAGCUGCUAUUUAACAGAGUCAUGCACGUCAAACUGGAUGAGAAGUCCCUGCCCAAAGAUUUUGGACCACCGGACAGAGCUGCUGCUGCUGCUGCCGCUCUUCCCCGUGGCCUGAGUGGUAUUGGUUUGGGCCUGGGACCUGGUGGCCAGCCCAUUGAUGCUAACCAGCUCAAUAGAGGAGGAGGAGGAGGAGGUGGAGGAAUGGGCAACAUGGGCCCUGGAGGAAUGGAUGGAAUGGGCUUUGGCAACAUGGGUGGACGUAUGGGAGGAGGCGGAGGCGGAAUGGACAAUUUUGGAGGAAUGAACAACAUGGAUCGUUUUGGUUCUUCAGGAAUGGGCAGGAUGAACGAGAUGGACCGUGGGAUUGGUGGUGCUUUUGACAGGGAGUUUGGGCGGAAUGAAAUGGGAAUGUCUCGCAAUAAUUUUGGAGACUCCUUUGAAAGAGGAAUGGGAAACUCUCUGGGUAUGGACCGCAUGAACUCUGGGAUGGACCGCCUGGGAACCGGCAUGGAUCGCAUGGCAGGGAUGGACCGGAUGGGCAUGGACAGGAUGGACCGUGGGUCUGACCUGGACAGAAUAGGUUCUGGGUUCGACCGGAUGGGUUCGGGGAUGGACCGGCUGGGGCCCAGUAUGGACAGGCUUGGACCUGGCCUGGACCGUAUGAGCUCCAGCAUGGACCGCCUCGGCCCAGCUGGGUUUGAACGCUUAGGCCCAUCUGGUUUGGAUCGCAUGGGUUCUGGCCUGGACUUUGGCUCCCCAAUGGGUAUGGAUCGCAUGGGCAACACUGGGCUUGACAGAAUGGCCAGCAGCUUUGACCGCAUUGGCUCAGCUGGAGGAAUUGACCGCUUCCCCUCCGGUGGCCUUGACCGCAUGAGCUCUAGCAUGGAUCGGAUGGGAUCUGGAGGUGUUGGUGGUCAGUUUGAUCGCUCUGCUGACAUGGAUCGUGGAUUUGGUGGGAAUUCCUUUGGUGGAGCUGGAGGGCCUGGAACUGGGGGAGGCAAUGUCAGGAAGGGAUGCCAGAUCUUUGUCAGAAAUCUGCCAUUUGACUUCAACUGGAAGAUGCUGAAGGAUACCUUCAACACAUGCGGUAUGGUUCAGUAUGCUGAUAUCAAGAUGGAGAACGGCAAGUCCAAGGGCUGUGGUGUGGUUCGCUUCGACACCCCUGAAACUGCUGAGCGCGUCUGCCGAACCAUGAAUGGCUAUCGGCUGAAUGGAAGAGAAAUUGAUGUUAGGAUUGAUAGGAAUGCAUAAGUUAUUUGUCUGUGCUACAUUUCAUUUAGUCCAAAUGCUCUAUCAUUUGAAUUGCCCUUCAGCACAUUCAUAUUAGAUUCUCUUGGUUUGUUAGGUAUUUGUAACGGUGAAAGUUGUUAGUAAUUUGUCAUUGCCGGGAGUGUUUUAGUUUUUGCUUAAAUUUUACUUUUUUUAGAGACCAAAUUUUUAAUUUUUUUUUUUUUCUGUCAUGCUUCAGCUGUCAUUGCCUUUGUUCUAUAAGGUGUUUUGAUAAAUAAACCUCAAUAUUUGAAAUGC